AUGGGCCCGCCCGAGAUGUCAUAUUCUCCUGCCUAUUACCAGGAUCAUGGCCGCCUGGUGACAGUCGAUAACCGCCCCUCGAAUCCUCCUACUCCCCCUGCGGCUCACUUGCCCUGCGAAUCGUCGUCAUCCCCGCCCAACCAGCGGCAACAGCAGCAGCAGCAGCACGGGGCAAUCACCCCCCGUCCGUCGGAUUCCGACCGGUUUCGAACCCCCCAGCCCCACGAUUAUACUUCCGACAUGUGGGACCCUUCCUUCGCUAAGCAUUCCGGUCGCGCUUCCCUCGACGGCCCUUACCCGGCUCGGGGUCCGGUAGAGACGGUGUACCCGGAUUUCGCGCAGCCCGCGGCGGUUCCCGUGACGUUUGUAACCUCGCCCUGUUUGGAGAAUGGUUCCAUGUUGACUGGGGCUUCGUCUAGCAGCGGUGCCAUGCGCAAGGAAGAGCGUCUUCGUGGAAGCAUGACCGACCACUCCUCACACCUGUCGAGCGACAAUCAUCCCUCGACUGCGUCUCGCGCGCACAAGCGGGUAGUCCGUGAUGAGGACUCUCUGGCGGAUGACAACCAGGAUGCCCUCCUGAUGCUGCUUCGACUGUCCGCCCCAAUCCCGAUCUUCUCGUUCGCGGCAUGCAUCUAUACGCUCUUCGGCCUGUUCUUCGUCAUCCUCGUCUCGCCGCUCCGUGUCUGUUCCUGCAUCCCAUACUUUCGCGCGACGACCUUUCGCGCCCAGCUCUGUGACCUGCUGGUGCCCCAGUUACAUAUCCACGAACGCUUGGUGCGUCUGCGAAAGUCGUCGCAACGGUCCUCCCCAUCACAGUCCGUAUACAACAACCUCGAUCGGCAAUCGAAAGCAGACUCGUGUGCGUCCUACUCCGUCGGCGGUCUGAUUGCAGUCCUCCUGCUGUCGUCCCUCCUCUCCGUCGCCUUCCUCCUCCUCGCAUGGACCGCCGCCUUUUUCUGGAUCUUCGCGAUGGUUCUCGGCAACCCGGACGGGACAGAACGGAAAGAUGACGGACGCGCGGCGGUGCUAGGUGUCAGUCGAUGGUGGCAAACAUGGCUUCGCAGGGCCCGCAAACGGCGGCGUUGA